AUGGUCUCUACGGGUGCCGCGGAGGGCCUCUCCUGGUGGAAUCGCGCUCGCCCCUGGCUUUGCAUGGAGCGCUGCCGAGCGGGCGAAGGCUGGGGCGCCCCGGGAGGGAGCAGGAGGCGGCGGCGGCGGCGGCGGCGGAGAGAGGAGCGGGGCGGCGGAGAGGCCGAGAGCCCCGAGGACGCGGGAGAAAGGCAGAGGCGGCGGCUGCGGGAGGCGUGGUGAGGGGCCGUGGAUCCUCCCGGGGCAGCUGCGGGGGGCAAAUCCCGCGCGGGCCGCCGGGAGGCUUCCGGGGGAAACCCUUCUCGGGGGAGCAGGGGGGCGCGCUGCGUCGUGGGCGAGCUUUCGGGGGCCACAUGCCAGGAGCGGGCGGGGCCAGUGGGCGUGACGUGGGACUUCCGAGACGGCACUCCAGCCAGAGUCGGAGAGCCCAGCAGGAGGGCAGUGGGGGCAUUUUCGCCCGCGGGGGAGGGGGCGGCCCCGGCUUGCCAAGAGGGCCACAUGCAGCUUCAGGGCGGGCCUGAGGUUCCCCCUGGGCAGGGCAGACUACCUCUGAAUGCCCAGCUGCUGCAGGGCAAAUCCCAAGGAAAACGGGCCGCAUUCCUGCUCUGCUUCUAAGCUUCCCAAAGGCUCAUAGCUGUGAAGGGGCCUCCUUGAAGUAUCUGACUGGCUGCUGUUGGAAAUGACGCCUUGGUCUGUCGGUCUUCGUGGAGCUGGUUCCCUCAGACGUUUUGGACUACAAUUCACAUUAUCCUCAGCCAGCAUUAUUGUCUUUCCAUCACCCGCAGCAUCACAGCUGUGAUAGCUGCAGCUGAUGGGAACUGUAGUCCAAACUAGCUGCAGAACUGGUCUGUAAACGGUUCUAAUUUGCAGUAGAAAUAUAUAUAUAUAAAUAAAAAUUUGUCCAGUAGCAACUUAACACUUCUAAGUUACGUGUGGGUUGGCAAUUUGGCAGCAGUUGACCAACAGGGAACUCUGUUUAUGCUCAAGGAUGCUGCUCCCUUAUUACUUCACAUAUCCACUUGCAUUUAAAUCAGGUUCUGGGAUUAAAUCCUGACAAGUCUCUGCUAGUAUCCUCAAAACCAUCAUAAAGAGGCUUACUGGAUCAGACCAAGGAUCCAGCUAGUCCAGCCUGCUGAUCCCACAAGAUCCUUCCAGCCCUAAAUCCCACCUUCUGUAACAUAACUUCUUCCUCUUCUCCCUGCCUUUCUGUGACAGUUCAGAACUGCAGAGCUCAGAAUUCUGGGAUUCAAGCCUCGGUAAGUCUUGCAUCUCAAGAGAGACCUUGGAUUUUUAUUUUGUAGCUACAGCCUUGGAUUUGUGCCUGUUUGUAAGCAAAUCUAUCCAGGGGUGAAGGUGGUGGGGAGGCAAGAUGCAGUCAUGGCUGAAGUGGCAUUAGUCUAUAUUGCACCCUCUUUCAUUGCUCAGGAACCAUCUUAAAAUCCCUCCCCAAACACCCAGCAGCAGGGAAGGGGGUAACCAGACCUUCCGUGGAGAAAGCCCUCUCUGCCUUUGAGAAGCUGCAGCUCACACCACCAGCUGAGUCAGUUCUUGAGCCCAGCUCCCAGCUGCAGGAGGAGCCCAGCCGCAGCAGAGCCCAGGACUUGCAGUGUGUGUGUUAUGGCAUUGGGAACUUCUCCUCUUGCAUUCAAGCGCAAUACCAGCUGGCCUUCCUCCUGCUGCUGCUUGAGGAGCUGAAGGUGAGGGUCACAGCUGUGGCAGACUUGGGAGCAAAGCUCGCCAGAAGCACACAGGCAACAUUCCCUCUCUCCCCUUGCAGAUCCCUGAAGAUCUGUGUUACAUAUUUGACCCUGUCUUUUCCACGCUGGAAAUCAAAGUCCUUGCCGAUCUUGGGCUCACAGUGCUCCUGGAGAAUGAGGUGAGCUCCAGGAAGAGAGGAGCACAAACUCAGGGAGAAACAUGCCCAGGGAUCAAAACACACAGCUGAGGACUGUGGCCUUUCUCAAAAUGAUUGAUACCAAAAGUUCACAGCUGUUUAACUCCUUUAGCUCUUGUGGGGUGGGGGUUGGUUGCAGUUCUUGCAGGAUAACACCCCUCUUCCUUGCAUCCAGGAGGGAAAACGCUGCAUCCACAAUCCUACCAUCUUCUACAUGGUCCACUGCGGAAAAGCUCUCUAUAACAACCUGCUCUGGAGCAACUGGUCUAUAGAGGCACUUUCCAAAACGGUCAUCAUAGGGAACAGCUUCAAGGGCAUUGAAGACAGGUAGGGAGCCCUUCUGCAUCACCCAGCCCAAGAGCAGGCAGGGCUGGGCCUCUUGGCUGCUGCUGCUGCUGCUGCUGCUGCUGCUGCCGCCGCCACCCAGUGUCUAUACAAGAACAAAAUUGGCAUUUUCCACUUGUCUUCCCACGAAAAUCUGGGUUUUGAAAAUUCAACUCCUUUUUGCAGUGAUUUCCUAAGAGUUUUUGCAAGUAUGGUAGUCUCUGAAGGCAUUUAAUCACACACAGAAUGGGGAAGGCUUUGCUCUGCCUCCGCAGUUGGAGGGAGGGCUGCUUCUCCCCACAAGAGGGAGAGCGCUCUUAUGCUCAACUGGCUUGCAAGUUUCCCACAGACAUGUGGCUGGUCCCUGUGGGAACAGGAUGCUGGAUUAGAUGAGCUGUUGGCCAGACCCACAAACCCUUUGGAUGUUCUUAGUUUAGCAGCACCCUCUGCUUAGUAGGCCGUGGUGUUGCCUUUCUUGCAACUGCCAAUGAUUUCUAAUGCCCUUUGCUCCUAGGAUGCUGAGCAGGAUAUUCCAAAAGGACUACAGUUACAUUGCAAAGGUACGGCUUUGUUGCUCGAAUAACAGCGACUGUUCACCAUCCAGCAGAAGCCCUUAAUGCAUCAGCUCCUAACGGGGGGUUGGGAUCCACGCUUACCAACUCUUCUCCCUUAUUCCCGCUUGGCUGUGUUCUAAGCAGCUUUGCUUUUGCUGGGCUUAUAAAAGUGUUCCAAGAGCUGAGCACCCAGCUUCAAAGGCAACUCUCUUUACAAGCUAACUCCCUCAUAAAACAAGCUGACUGAGGCUGCCCUUCUAUCAAGCCCCACUCAGUGGAAAACAGGCAUCUGGUGGGUCAGGGCGCAGCAGAGCUCUUACACAAAGAGGGGAGCUGCUCUGCACCCAGCAGACACAGAACCUGCUGGAUUGCCUUUGAUGUGAGCUGGCUUUGGAAUCUGCACAUCCAUUUUAGUCUUAUUGGGCACUGUAAAACUUGAAAGCGUGCCACACAAAUACUGAGAUCAGUGGUUAAGAUAGGUAAUGGAAAAGCUAAGGACCUGUCACCCCUCAGACUGGAUUUCCAAUUUCCAUCCUGGAGGGAUAUGUCAGGUGAUUACAACAGAGGACCACAGGUUCCCCAGCCAUAGGGGAUGAAUUCUGAGGAGUCAAAAUAUCUGCUGCAGGGGCUUUCAUAAAUGUGGCACGUGGCUAGCUGUGGAUCUGAGCCUGUUGCUCUCCUCCUUUCUCAAGGGCCAGUUCAGCAGCCAAGUCGCCCCCAUUAACUGCCUCUUUGCUGUGCUUGACCAUUUCUAGGUUUUAAUAGCAACAGAUGAAGAAGCCCUUCCUUCUCACCCUCAAUACUUGGACAUAUUUAACGACACCUCUGUCCACUGCUUUCCUCUGGAGAAACUGAGGGACCUUCCCCCAGAGAUCUGGAAGCUUCAGGAGGAGCCAGUUUACCCAGAUGAGGAUCAGCCUGAGAUCAUCAGAAACAAGAAAUGA